AUGGCGCUCAGCUCCAGGGCGCACGCCUUCUCGGUGGAAGUCUUGGUGGGGAACUCGCCCAAGCGCAAACGGCUCGAUCUGGAAGAGGAAGGGGCCGAGAAGGGAGCCGAGGCCCUCCUGCGGAGAAGCCAGGCACCAGAAAAGAAAUCCAAAGGAGAAAUGUCGGUGACUGUUCCCGAGGAAGUCAGAGAAACGCAGGGCGAGAUCCAAGUGGACUUACAAGGCUCCGAACUCUGGAAGAGAUUUCACGAGAUUGGCACGGAAAUGAUUAUCACCAAAGCCGGCAGGAGAAUGUUUCCCUCGGUCAGAGUCAAAGUGAGAGGGCUGGAUCCGGUGAAACAAUAUUACAUCGCAAUAGACGUGGUGCCUGUCGACUCUAAAAGAUACAGGUACGUCUACCACAGCUCCCAGUGGAUGGUGGCUGGGAACACAGACCACUCGUGCAUCACGCCCCGGCUCUACAUUCACCCAGAUUCCCCUUGUUCCGGAGAGACCUGGAUGCGGCAGAUCAUCAGCUUCGAUCGGGUGAAGCUGACCAACAACGAGAUGGACGACAAAGGGCAUAUUAUUCUGCAGUCUAUGCACAAAUACAAGCCCCGAGUUCAUGUCAUUGUCCAGGAUUCCCGAUUUGAUUUGUCCCAGAUCCAGUCCUUACCAGCCGCUGGUGUCCAGACUUUCUCUUUCAAGGAGACGGAGUUCACAACGGUCACGGCUUAUCAAAACCAGCAGAUUACCAAGCUGAAGAUAGACCGGAAUCCGUUUGCUAAAGGAUUUAGAGACCCUGGAAGAAACAGAGGCGUAUUGGAUGGACUUCUGGAAUCGUAUCCAUGGAGACCGUCACUUACUCUGGACUUUAAAUCUUUUGGAGGAGAAACUCAAGGAGGAAGUCCUGGCUCUUCCCCAGUGACUCCCACGGGUGGGACUCCGUCUCCUCUCAGCUCCCUGAUGUCCCCAGCCUGUUCUCCUCCUGCCCUCCACUUCUCUGCAAGCAACCUUGGGAUGUCUUGUCCGGAAUCUUAUCUCCACCACCUCAGCCUACCCGUUUGCUACAAGAUCUGCCCAACCGGCCUUUUAAGGCAGCAGUCGCUGAUGUUCCCCGGCCACGACAAACUGGGCAACGCCGCUGGUCCAUCCCUUUUGCCCCAUUUCAUGGUGGACAUGCCCACAUUGUCUUCCCUGAGCAUCAGGAAUCUCAAAAGCAGCAAAGCGGAGGACUUGACUGGGCCCAGCCUGCAAGGGCCUGCUUCUGCUAGUCAUAUGUUCUACGGUUUACACGCAUCUGGAAACAUUUUCCCCUCAAAUCCCAUUACCCGGGAAGCACUUAAUUGUGCCCUGCACCCUCCAUAUGGCUUCUACGGCUAUAACUUUGCAAUGCCUUCUAGGCUGAUGAACGCGGCCAGCCAUUUCAAAGUGAGCAACAGCCUCCCGUCGCCUCUCCGAGAGGGCAGGUGCAGCCACCCUCACUGGCCCUCGGCAAUUAACCACUGCCUCUAA